UCAGAGAAAGAAAAAACAAACAAAAAUAUCUUUAGAAAUCUCACAAAAUGACUCUUCUCCUCUCACUAAAACCACCAUCACCACCACCACAACCAUCUGUCCUUCCGCCACUAACCACCACCAUUCUACUCCCUCCCACACUCAAACCGCCCAAACCCCACCACCAAACCCGCUUCUCAUCUUCCUUCAACAACAAAAACUCACCUGAAACAGACUGCCCUGUACCACUUGACCAACAACCCAUAAACGAGUACCAAUCUUUAUCAACUUCCUCACCAUUUUCAUGGGCCUCAGGUGACUUUGUUGAGUAUUGUUCUCGGUUAGUUGCAACCGGGUUUGGGUUUGCUCUGUUUGUGGGUCUGCCGGUUUCUUGGUAUGGGUCGGUUGGUGUUGGGUGGGACCCGGUGCAAAGGGUGUUGGGUGCUGUUUGUAGUGGGUUGCUUGUGAUGACGGUUGCUGUUGUUAGGAUGUAUUUGGGUUGGGCUUAUGUUGGUAAUAGGUUGCUCAGUGCCACUGUUGAAUAUGAAGAGACCGGAUGGUAUGAUGGGCAGAUUUGGGUGAAGACUGCUGAGGUGCUUGCACGGGAUCGACUUUUAGGAUCAUUUACUGUGAAACCAGUGCUAAACAGAUUAAAGAACACAUUGGUGACUCUAGCAAUAUCUUUGUUCAUUUCCAUUGCUCUUCUUAUCAACACGGAAACCACCCAAAAGGAUGCCUACAUCCCAUCUGGCAGAGAACCUGGUGGCAGAUCAGUAGCAGGUGUCUAUAACGAUGAGUCUGCAAGAUCAUUUGAACCAGAAGCAUUUUGUGGCGGAUCUGGCCCCUCCAUGGAUGAUUAGAUGAAGGCGUUACGAUGUGCAUACGUAUACAAGCAAUAACAUAUGUGAUUUAUCUAUGUAUAGGCACCCUUUUGUACAGAUUUAUUUAUAUUACUAGUUGUCUAUUAGUAUGAUGUUAAUAAUUAUUAAAUGCAUUAUGUUUUCAUUUUCA